CCUCUGACAACUGAGAACAAGACUAGAGGAAGUACUGCAUCCUCUUCAAGACCUGCAAACUCUGAGAUGGAUCCCACGAGUAUGAAGGAGGAUCUGAAGCUCUUUCAGAGCACCCUACUUCAGGAUGGCUUGAAGGAUCUCUUGAAAGAGAAUAAGUUUGUCGAUUGCAUUCUGAAAGUUGGAGACAGGAGUCUUCCCUGCCACAAACUCAUCAUGUCUGCUUGUAGCCCUUACUUCAGAGAGCUCUACUUCUCAGAAGACGGUGUUGAGAAAAGCGACACCGACAAGGAAGUGGUGUUGGAGGACGUGGAUCCCAUUGUUAUGGAAAUGAUUGUGAAUUAUCUCUAUUCUGCCGAUAUCGAGAUCACGGAUGAGAAUGUACAAGAUGUCUUUGCAGUUGCCAACAGAUUUCAGAUACCAUCAGUGUUCACUGUUUGCGUCAACUAUCUGCAAAACAAGUUAUCGGUAGGUAAUUGCUUGGCCAUCUUUAGAAUGGGGCUAGUUCUGAACUGCCCAAGACUUGCUGUGGCCGCAAGGGACUUCAUAGCGGAUCACUUUGAGACUUUAACCAAAGAGGAGGACUUUCUUGAUUUAAACACUCCUGAGAUGUUUGCUAUCAUAGGGUGUGAUGCUCUGAAUGUAGAAAAAGAAGAAGUUGUGUUUGAGCUGUUGAUGAAAUGGGUCAGGAAAAACAAGGAGAUCCGGGCGAAAGCUUUGAGUGAUGCUUUUGAACACAUCCGCUUCCGUCUGCUCCCAGAGAAAUAUUUUAAGGAGAAAGUGGAAAAGGAUGACAUUAUCAAGGCUGAUCCUGAGCUCAUAAAGAAGAUGAAAGUCAUCAAAGAUGCUUUUGCUGGAAAACUUCCACAAAUUAAGGAAGGAGAGAAAGAGAACGGAGAAGAGGGCGAAAAUGAUUUGCCUGGUUAUCUGAAUGAUGAUAAAAGGCUGGGCAUGUAUACCAGAGAUCUCAUCCUGAUGAUUAAUGACACAGCAGCUGUGGCUUACGACGCUAAUGAAAACGAAUGCUUCCUAGCCGCAGUGGCAGAGCAAAUACCUCGAAACCAUGUCAGCAUCACGUCGGAGAACAACCUGCUCUACGUCUUGGGAGGACUGUUUGUUGAUGAGGAUGACAUGGAGUCACCACUACAGUGCUAUUUUUAUCAGCUUGAAACCCAUUCUUCAAACUGGAUAGCCCUGCCACCUAUGCCAUCACCCAGGUGUCUGUUCGCCAUGGGGGAGUUUGAAUCUCUGCUGUUCGCAGUUGCUGGUAAAGACCUGCAGACAGGCGAGUCUCUGGACUCUGUGCUCUGUUAUGAUGUCAACAAGAUGAAGUGGAUGGAGACCAAAAAGCUGCCCUUAAGAAUUCACGGUCACUGUGUGAUCUCACAAAAUGGACUCGUUUACUGCAUAGGAGGAAAGACGGAUGAAAAUAAAACUAUCAACAAGAUGUUUGCGUACAACCAUAAGAAGUCUGAAUGGAAAGAGUUGGCAGCCAUGAAGACCCCCAGGUCCAUGUUUGGAGCAGUGGUCCACAAAGGAAAGAUCAUUGUGGUUGGAGGAGCAAAUGAAGAUGGCCUUUUAUCUUCUUGUGAAGCUUAUGACUUUGGAACAAACAAAUGGGAGACGUUGCCUGAGUUUGCUCAAGAGCGAAGCUCUGUUAAUCUGGUCAGUACUGCUGGUGCUCUGUAUGCACUGGGCGGCUUCACUAUAAAGGAGAAUGAGAACAAAGAUUGUGUGCCCUCUGAAAUCACAGACAUCUGGCAGUAUGAGGAGGAAAAGAAACAAUGGACUGGAAUGAUACGAGAGAUGAGAUAUGCUGCCGGUGCCUCCUGUGUUUCUAUGAGACUAAAUGCAGCAAAGAUGCCUAAACUUUAAAAUUAGGGGUUGUGUCCAAUAACAAAGUGUGACUAUAUUGUAAAGUAGCAUAAACAAAAAAUAUCACUUAAAGUCAACAUGAAAUCAUUAUAUGUUUCUGUUCUUAUUACAUAUAUAAAAAGUUACAUUUCUUUUUCUUUUUUUUUUUUUGGGCUGACGUUACAAAAUAUUUCUGGUACUUAACUCUAUUUUUCUUUUCUUUUUUUUCUCGAUUCACUCAAUUUCAAAUGAAUAAAUUCAAGUGCUCCCAUAUAUUUUUUACUCAUUGAAUACCUAUUUUACUCAGGUAUGUCCAAUUGCAGUAAAAUUGGUUGUGAGUGAUGCUUCAUGUUGACUUUUUAAAUCGAAGGUAUAUUGUAUUUUAUUCUUAGUUUUUUUCGUUUUAGGGAAACAUUUAUGCCAUCGAUGAUAUCAAAAUUAAAUGUACUUUAUUUUCCAUUCAUAGAAAUGUUUUCUUUUAUAUAAAAUGUAAUAAAUACAUAUUUAA